UUCUACAGUGAAGGGUCUAAGGAGACACCUUCCGGGAUGGACGGUGAGAGCGAGAGGGAUGCACGAAUCAGCUUGGCCUUUGGUGAGCUUCGACCGCUGUGCGUGAGGGUAUCCCAGCAUGCAACAGUGGAAAGCUUGGCGGCACUGAAAUGUAAACUGCACACCGUGAACUCAGCGCUGAGUGACCUGCAAGAAUAUGUCCUUUUUCCUCUCAGUUUGAUUCUGAAAAAAGGCACCAGCCAGGAUGAUGUGGUGCAGUUGACUGUGGAGUGCAUCAGUAAAACGUUAGGCUGCGGGGAGGUCAGCGAAUGGUACAUGUUCCGUGAUGUGUUUGUCCAGCUUUGCCUCAUUUUCGGAUCCCCCGACGAGAAGGGUGGAACUGAAGGCAGAGAGAAGAGUGAGGAACUGAAAUUGGCCACUAUUGCUUGUCUAAAGGUGUUGAUCACGAACUCUACUGUAGGAAUUCUGGAGAGGCUAUACUGCUGCGCAUUCUUGCCUGCGCUUGGCCAUGCCAUCUUCAUGCUGCUGAGAGUCUGUGAGAAAGAGAGCAGCCGGCAGCUACAGUUGGAAGCUCUGGAGCUGCUCGCGACGCUCCUCCAGUGCCAAUGUCAAGAGGGUAGCAGUUCAAUGCACCAGCAGAUGGGAGACUGUUUUGCAUCAUUUCUACCUGGAAUCUCUAUUACACUGACAAACCUUGCAACAGGUGACAUUUGUCAAGGUCACAAGGUCACUAUGUUGUCAGUUUCAACAUGGCAGAAGUUGGUAACCAUGGUGAUGGGAGACAAGCAGUUGACCUUGGCAGCUGUGAAGGACAUCGGUGAUGAGUGCACUGCUCCCUUAGAUCACCUAAAAGUGCUUAGAGACAAGGCAUGGACUGUAGCAGCUGCCGAGAAGCUUCAGGUACUCGUUCAGAGACUGGCUGGUCUGGUAUCCCACAGCAGCUGGAAGGUGCGGCUAGCCCUUGGCGCAUGGGCUGAUGCACUGUUGACUCACUGCACCGGCUCAUUGAGCAGUAGCGUGCCGUUUAUCGUCGAGACACUGGUGGCGCUGAGCGGCGACGACUACGAUCAGGUGGCGCGCUCUGGACGAGAAUCGCUGGCUCGCUUCAGCGAGCGGUGCAGUGGGGACGACGCGAAACCCCUCGUGAAUAUCCUCCAGGAGAAUUUCUACUCCCUGUGUAGCAGCCUGCCGAGGAUGAUGCGCGUGUCAGGAGACGACGUGAGGCUGUCAACGUUGCGGGUGCUGACAGGCUACAUCAGGUUGCUGCGAUCUCAGAUUGUGCAUCUCCUCGCCUCCCUUCCUCACCUGCACAGACUGUCCAUCGCUUUGCUGCAGACGCUGGAGCUGGACUGCAGUGGAGCGACGAUCACGGAGCAGACUCCAGGCACAGGCUCGGGGAAUGUUAUCAAAGAGAAAGAAGUACAAACACAGACAAAGGCUCGGAAAACGUUCAGCAGCUUUUCAAAUGAGAAAAUAUAUAUGGAGAUCAUGUUGGCCUGUCGCCUGCUUGGACAUUAUGGUGACGUGGACAUCCUCGUGGAUCACUUCAUGGACUUGUUCCGCGACUCGGCCAUACACAGGAAGCAGGUGAUCCUCAUACUCAGCAACGUGAUGCUUGGAGUCAGCGGCCGUGGUCUGGAGGCCGAACAACGUCAGUCUGCGACACAGGAGUUGAGUCAGCAGGCAUUGGUCGGUGAGCUCGAGGUUGAGAAGUGCUCAGUGGGCUCCGAAGAUAGGAGCAGGCUAUGUGCACUUAUCCGGUCAUUGGUGGAAGAGUUUGUGCAGAACGAACACUGGCACUUGCCUACGAGUAUCUACACCCGCCGUGUGUGUGAUGAACAGCAUGCGUCGGAUCGGCUGAUGCUGCUGAAAAAUCAUCCACUGGUAGCAGGAGAUGAUACGAGCUUGAAAGAUGUCAACAGCAACAUUCUAUUCGUCUGCCUUUUAUUAGAGGCCUUGCAGGCUUUCUCUCAGGUCCUUGAAGAAGAUUUUAGAGUUCUUCUGAUGACAUGCCUGUAUCCAGUGAUGGAGAAGGUGGGAGAUGACACAGCAUUGGUGUCCCAGACUGCUUACCUCACCCUGGUUGAGGUGGCAUCCAACUGUGGCUAUAGCUCGGUAGGUUCACUGAUCCACAGCAACACUGACUAUUUAGUGAACAGCAUCUCGCUGCGGUUGCGCCACCUGUGGUUGAACCCGAGGGCGCCACUUGUACUGCAAGUGAUGCUGCAGUAUGGUGAUGCUUCUAUUUUGCCUCUAGUUGAACAUACAGUUAAGGAGAUCUUUUCGAACCUGGAUGUCUAUCAUAGCUACAAGGGGCUGCCCUUUCUGAAGGUUUUAAUAGCUUUGGUCACUGCAAUAUUGAGAUGGUACCCACCACCAACUGGCAGUCACGAUGGUGAUGCUAAAAACGAUGCGCGAGGGAGCGACGGCGCGGGAUGUGAAUCGCUGCGGUCCUACCUGCUAGAAUAUCAACGCCUUAAGAAGGAGGCAGAGGAUUUGCAGAGUGAGGAUCACUUACCAGAGGACAUCGAAUGGGAAACAGAAAUGGGAGCAGAUGCAGAGAAUGCUGCGGGACAAGAUGAACAAUCUGAGGAAGCGGAGGAGGGGAAGCCACCCCCACCUUUACAUGUCAAGCUAGUAGUUGAGGUGAUGGAGCGGUGUGUACACCUUCUGGGUGCUCCUGACAUGAGCCAGAAGCUACUCGUGAUGGACAUCGUGCAAAACGCUGCUCUCGCUCUCAAGGACCGUGAAGACGAUCUACUGCCAAUGAUACACAAGGUUUGGAGCCCACUGGUGCUGCGUUUUUCCGACAAGGAGCUGCCUGUACUCAGACAGGCUUUCAUGACGCUGUGCUGCAUAGCUGACUGCUGCGGUGACUUCCUGCGGCAGCGCACCGUGGCAGAGGUGUGGAAGCGUCUCGCAGAUUUCCUGCUGCAGCAGAGCAAACUUAGCUGCUGCUGCCGGCCAGACUAUGAGUACACACUAGUCUUCAAGCUCCAGGUGGCACUACUGCAGAGAGUUGGGCGGUUGUGUGUGCAGCUGCAGGUUAACGAGAAGGAAUGUGAUGACAUUGUGAAAGCCUGCAUACCCUACCUACACAGUGGCCAACCGAUAGCUCUCCAACAGGCGGCGAUGGUGGCGCUUCAGCAUUUGAUUGGAAUUGAGCCAGAUGUAGUCUGGCUGCACUUGAUUGCUACGUACAGUCCGGUCAAGGAAUUGGCGUCUCCUCACCCCUGUUUCCCACCGAUAAAAGUGUACGAUGGAAACACGGACGUAGGUCCGUACACCGCCAACGUAAUGACACUGAUGAAGUUGCUGGACACGUCGUGACACAGAUGUGUAAGCUUGCACUGCCACAUCCGAGCCGGUGAUCUUCUCAGGAAUCACGGUCUUAUGGUCGUCAUGGUGAUGGAAGCUGCCUGGUCGUCACGGGCGAUGGAAGUCGACUAGUGGUCGUUGUGGUGAUUGAAAUGGGUUGGUCAUCGCAUUGAUGACCGUCAGCUAGUUUUUAGGAUAUUUAUAGGGAGUUGGCUGAUCACCGUGGUGGCCUUCAUCACCAAGUGAGAAAGAUGCUGUGCCUAUCCGUUAAUAGUGAUACUAGUCAUAGUGAGUACCACGAUAUGUGUGGAGGAUGUAUAUCAUGGUGACCAAUGUUUACAUAAAUGUGCAUGGUGAGUGUUUGUAAAUAUUUCUGCCGGUUUCACGACUUUGCCAAAAAUCAUUCCAAUACUGCCAACACAUUUCGAUGCUUUUAUACAGUUUGAACUUUACUAUACUUACUUACAUUUUACUGAAUAUCUUCUGAACAUGGUGAAAAACGAGACUCUAUUCUGGACACACAGACUUGUAGUGUAGAACCUCAACUUUUGUAAAUAUAUUCUCUGUACGUCA